ACGAAGGAUGCCUCAGCACUGUGCGGCGUUUUUCUGUUUGAAUCGACGGACUAUUGACGUCAGGGCUCGAGAGAUAACUUUCCACAAGUUUCCCAAAGACAAAGAUAUGAGAAAGAAGUGGGAAGUUUCUACAAGGAGAGAGGGAUUCACUGCAAGUAAUACUUCCGUGCUUUGCAGUGAGCAUUUUAAAGAAGAAGAUUUUGACAGGACAGGUCAGAUUGUCCGACUAAAAGAUAGUGUUGUUCCAUCAGAAUUCAACUUCCCUGCUCACCUCCAAAAACCGGUAAAGGUCAGGACAACACUAACUUCCAGAAGAACUGAAGCUAGCCAUUCUAUGGUCUCUCAAGAUGACCAAGAAACAUUUACUCCACAGCCUCAACCUAAUGAUGAUCAUUGCUAUGCCUUGCCGGCUUCUCGUACCGCGCUCACAGCCAAACUGAAGGAAGCCUUGGCAAGAGUGGAAUGUCUGGAGCGGGAAAAGAAAAACAGCAUGACCAGAGAAAAGAGGGCAAAGACCACAAUUAGGUGUCUUUUGGGGGAUUUGAAGGAAAAGAACCUCAUUAACGAAGAGCUCAAAGAGAGGCUUGAAUUCUACUCAGAUCUUCAGAUUGACUUUAUGAAAAAUAAGGUCCAUGAGUACACAAAGGAGCACAGAGAGUUUGCCCUCACACUCCAUCUGCAUGGCCCAAAGGCAUAUAAAUACCUAAGGGAGAUUCAAAAAUUUCCCCUUCCACAUCCGCAUACAUUACAAAGGUGGCUGUGUUCAGUGGAUGACAAGCCUGGGUUGAACAAAAUGAUGCUGGAUAUGCUGGAGAAAAGAUGCCAGGGAGACCAGGCUAAAUAUGGAUUUGUUGCACUGAUGUUGGAUGCCAUGGCAAUCAAGAAACACGUGCAAUAUAAUCCCCAUACCCAGUCAAUGUCUGGUUUUGUCAACCCGGGGGAUGGAAGCAACGAGACUGAUGUUGCUGCUGAGGCUCUUGUGUUCUUGGUGGUUGGCUUGCAAGGACAUUGGAAGGCUCCAAUUUCAUACUACCUGACCAACUCCCUGUCACCAACAAAAUUACAGACAAGCAUGUGUACUUUGAGAACCACAAAAUGA